CUAUGAACGCAGAGGUAUUCCCUAUCGUCAAUACACCCUUCCAAUCUCGCUAAAUCAACCCAGAGCUUGUUGAUAUCUGAAACAUAUCACUCAUGCUUUCUCACUGGUUCUCGGAGUCUGAAACAAGUCCUGGUACAGUUAUCGAGAUGGAGAAGUCAUGGACCGUCGUUCAGGCGUGUGAGGAGCACAUCUCCCAAUAUUCUAAGGACCAAGGCAGCCCAGGUCACCCUCCCGCCUCCGACGUCACAAUUCGACUCAUUUGUGAGCAGACAGAUGGAAAUACCAGAUCACAUAUAAGGAUCUAUAAACAGAUCCCAGCUGCUGGUACCGAGGCCGAGCCAGCAGCUGUUCGCGCCAAGCAAGCCAAACCCUGUGAGCCGGAUGAAUUGAUAGCUCUCCGUGCCCUUACCAAAAAGCGCUCCAGAUUCACGCCGCGCCUGCUGGACUCCAAAAACACCACUCAGGAUGACUCAGGCUUUGUCCCUGGUGGCUUCCUAGUCUAUGUAGCCUGGGAGAUAGUUGCUGGCGAACAACUGGGUACAGAGGGUGGGGACGAAGACUGUGGUUUCUGGAGGAUGGAACAAGAUAAAAGGGAGAUUAUCCGAGAGCACUUCAGAAGUAACUUUCUACAGCUUUCUAAAUGGGGCUAUAUGCCUCUUGGUGGCAGACUGUCCCACCUCGUCUGGGACGAGGAGUCGUCUACUCUUUUCAUCGUUGGCUUCUAUAUGGCGACGACUAAUAUGAAGAAGAAAAAGUGGUCUCCUGCGGUGUGGUUCGCUUGGGGCCUGGCCAAGUGCCCCCGUCCCCCGGGGCCGGACUGGGAUGGGUCAACGAGUGAUUGGAAGUGGUAGUUUGUUCUUUGAUUUUUUUUCUUUUUUUCAUUCGCUCCUUUACUCGUUCCUCUUCUCUACAAUUCUCUUUGUCUCUUCAGACUGCUUCUACCAAUGCUGUGGGCAGUAUUCUCCUGGUACCACGAGAUAAUAAAAG